ACUUUUGAGUUAGUUUUCUUGUUAGACGUGUUUAGGAAUUGUAAAAUAAUGUUAACAAAAAGUGUAAUUUGUUCGGUUCUACUCAGUAGUUUGUUUGUGGUAUCAAUCAAUGCUCAAAUCUAUGCAAACGGAACUGUUCUAAGCGAUGACGGAAUAAUUGCGUGCACCAGAACAGGACCUCAAUGUGACGAUGACUGUGUCACUCUACUGCUGUGUGCGGCCGGAGUGGUGGAUCCAUUGGAGACAGUAGAUUGUCGUACAUCAUCACCUUCUACACCUUACUGUAACGAAAAUAAAUGCUCAAGAACUCCUGGAGCUUGUUCGAGUGCAUCAACUUUUCGGUGCACAAGUCCAGGAAUUUUUCCAGAUCCGACUAACUGCUCCAGAUAUGUAUCGUGCGAUGAAAACAGUGUCGGUGGUGAGGGUGUAGCAUUAGAAUGUGCGAAAGGAUUUUUUUACAAUUCGGAAAUUAAUAUUUGCCAAAUGGGACGACUUACGCCGCAUUCAAAGGUAUGCAACACGGUCGAUUGUUCGCAAAAAACAAAUGAGGUCGUGGUCUAUCGGUCGAAUCCAACGUAUUAUGCGUUCUGUUUUGUUGAUCCUGAAACUUCCAGAAGAGAAACCAUGAUGUUCAAGUGUGAUUCUAACGACGAAUUGUACGAUCCGAACCAGGGUGAAUGUGUAUUUGAAUGCAAGAGGCCCGGCCAUUUUCAAGAUCCGACCAAUUGCUACUAUUAUUAUGUUUGUUCAGCUUCGCUUGGAACGUUUAAAGCUGAAAGGAUUAAAUGUCCACCGAAUUACUACUUCGAUGGCGAAAGGUGUACGACAGAUUCAAGUAAAUGUAGUCCUGAAGCUAUAGAAGGAGCAGAAAUGGAAAUAUAA